AUGAUCCCGCCCUGCCACGCCCUGCUCGUGCAGUAUCCCAGGAUUCUGCCCUGCUGUACCCUCCCCACACAGGAUUCCAACCUGCCCAUCCCCUGCUCGCGCCUGAUCCCGCCCUGCCACGUGUGUCCCCUCCCAACCCCGAGUCUCUGCCACGUCCCCCCACUCCAGCGCCAGGCAGAGGAUGUGGUGACAGUGGCAUCGAAGUUCAAGCAGCGCUAUGAGUGUCGGCUUCCACCUGCAGCCAUCCGGCGCCAGCCCAACCCCGAGGAGGAAGCGCAGCUCUACAACGGCUCCGGCGUCGCAGAGCUCCUGCGCCCCAUGGGAGCUGCCCCAUGCCUCGUCAAGACCAAGGACUGGUGGACGUACGAGUUCUGCUACGGGAAGCACAUCCAGCAGUAUCACAUGGAAGAGUCGGAGAUCAAAGGAGACAUUCUCUUCCUCGGCUACUACCAGUCAGCGUUCGACUGGGACGACGAGACGGCCAAGGCCUCCAAGCAGCACCGGCUGAAGCGAUACCACAGCCAGAGCUACGUCAACGGCUCCCGGUGCGACCUCACCGGCCGAGCCAGAGAGGCUGAAGUCCGGUUCCUGUGCGAGGAGGGAGCCGGCGACUACAUCGCCCGGGUGGAUGAGCCCCAAUCCUGCUCCUACGUCCUGACCGUCCACACCACCCGCAUCUGCCACCACCCCUUCCUGCGCCCCCCGGCCGGCGCCGCACCGCAGCCCAUCCUCUGCCAGCCGGCGCUCAGCCCGGCACAGUACGUCGAGUACGUCCGCGCCCAAGUCUCUGACACCAAGCGGAAAGUGGAGGAGAUCUCGGAGGAGCUCAAGACAUUGGACACAAGGCUGUGGAGCGAGAGGGACGCCGAGACCCCCGCGCAGCCCCCCGAGGGCACACCGGUGGCCCACGGUGAAGCCGUGCCGGGGGACGAGCCGGACCCAGCCAAGGAGGCGGCUUUUUGGGAGCGGGUGCGUGAGGUGACCGAAAAGGCAGGCAGCCAGCAGGACAGCACCAGGGCAGAGGACCCAUCCCCAAAGGCAACCAGCGGCCAGGCAGCUGAUACGAGGAAGAAAAUCCAUUUCAAAGUGAUCAGGAGCCCUGGGGACCUGCUCCAGUUCAUCGAGGAGCUGAAGGAGAGCACCAAGAAGGCCAAGGAGAAGGCGAGUGAGGAGGAGGAGGAGGCAGCAGCAGUGGUAAAGGCUCCCCCAGACCCCCCUGUCCCUGAGGAGCCCCCAGCGGGCGAGAGGGAACGACUGGAAGAGGAAGAAGAGGAUGAAGAGGAAGACGGGGACCUUCUGGGUGGCUUCGAGAAGGAGCUGGAGGCUGUUCUGCUGCCCCGGGAGCAGAUGGCCCAGCUGAAGGAGGAGGUGAAGACCGAGAUGGAGAAAGAGUUUGACAACAUCAUCAACGAGGUGGAGGAUGAGCUGGAGACGGAGGGGCUGAAGGGGGAGUUUGACCGUAACCAGGCCUCCAAAUCCUUGGCUUCUACCCUCAACCGUCUCAUGGACAAACUGGAUGGAGGUGGCCCCAGCCCGGGGGGAGAGAAGGAGGAAGAGGAGGGGACCGGGAGGAAGGCCAGCCCCAGCCCACCCGCCGACGGACGCGUGCGGGUGCGGGUGAGCAGGAUCGGACCCAGCAACACCCACCAGCGGGACCCCCCCCGGCGGGAGAUGGCUCGGGAUAACCCCCAACUCCACCACAUCGAGAGCGAGGUCCGGGAGCUGCUGGCCAAGGAGGGGCUGCGGGCCGAAGGCGAGGAUGCUGGAGAAGCGCGGGCGCUGUACGAGCGGGUGCGCAUCCUGUGCUGGGUGAUGACGGGACCCGGCACCCUGGAGACCAAAGCUCGGCACGUGCGGGCUACCUGGGCACGUCACUGCAACGUGGCCCUCUUCAUGAGCUCGGAGCCGGACGAGCGUUUCCCCGCCAUUGGGUUGCCCGUCCGAGAAGGCCGCCACCAACUCUACUGGAAGACCAUCCGCGCCUUCCAGUACGUGUACCGGCAUCACCUGGAUCGGGCCGAUUGGUUCCUCAAGGCGGAUGACGACACCUUCGUGGUGGUGGCCAACCUGCGUUGGCUGCUGGCCGGCCACCCCCCCGAUCGCCCCAUCUACUUCGGCAAACGUUUCAAGCCCUUCGCCAAGCAGGGCUACAUGAGCGGCGGGGCUGGCUAUGUCCUCAGCAAGGAAGCCCUGCGCCGUUUCGUGACCGCCUUCGCCUCUGGCACCUGCACCCACACCAGCGCCGUGGAGGACCUGGCCAUGGGCCAGUGCCUGGAGAAGGUGGGGGUGGAGGCAGGCGACUCGCGGGACACAUGGGGCCGGGAGACCUUCCACCCCUUCCCGCCCGAGUCCCACCUCACUGACAAGUUCUCCCAGAGCUUCUGGUACCGGAGCUACUGCUACUACCCCAUCGUGGAGAGCAUCAAAAAUACAAACCGUGGGGCGGCGGUGGCAGGCGACGCCGGGGCCGAGCCGGGGCCCACGGGCACCCGCAGUCCGGGGUGA